AUGGAGAGGUUUUUCCAAUCAUCUUUCACUAUCUUCUUCUUCUUCUUCUUCUUCAUAAUCUUCUCCUCUUCUGAUAUUCUUCAAGUCCAUGCAGCCAGGCUUCUACCAAUAAUCAAUGAAAAUGGAGGCAAUUCUAGCAGUGAAACAAAGGUUUACAUCGUUCACGUAGCAGAGCCAAACAACACAGAGUUCCUCCACUUCACUGACAAAGAGAACUGGUACAAAUCCUUCUUGCCAAACACCAGCCUCGACUCCGGCGAUCCACGGUUACUCUACUCUUAUCACCAUGUGAUCACCGGCUUCGCCGCAAAACUAACCGAUGGCGAACUCAAAGCAGUUAAAUCCAGGGACGGCUUUGUGUAUGCUCAAGAAGACCAAACUCACAUCCUCCACACCACCAACACGCCAACAUACUUAAAACUCCACCAGGACUGGGACUAUGACCUCUGGGCCAGCUCCUCCUACGGCGCUGGCAAGAUUAUCGGAGUCAUCGACAGCGGCAUUGACCCCGAUCACCCUUCAUUCAAAGACGACAACAUGCCGCAGCCGCCGCAGGCUCCGGUUUGGAACGGGCAAUGCUACUGGGCGAACAAGUGCAACCGAAAACUUAUCGGCAUUAGAGCUUUGCGGUACGGUUGGGCGCCAGACCCGUACGACCGCAACGGGCAUGGGACUCAUGUGGCAAGUACAGCAGCUGGGAACUUUGUGGAUGAUGCCAAUGUGCUCGGUGAGGCCAAUGGUAGAGCUUCCGGAAUGGCUCCUCUGGCUCAUUUAUCCAUUUACAAGGUAUUGUAUAAUAACAAUGGGAAAACGGUUGGACAGAGUGCUGAUAUACUUGCAGGAAUAGAUUGGGCCAUUCGUGAUGGUGUUCAUAUCCUUCAAAUGUCACUUGGAGCUGUGAGUUUGCAGAUGUUUCAUAACCCUGUGGCUAUAGGUUCUUUUGCAGCUAUGAGACAAGGCAUUGUUCCCUUGUGCUGCAGCAGGGAAUGA